UAAUUCAUCUCCUCAAAAAACAGAGUAUAUCUUCAUGUGUUAUUCCAUGGCAGAGAAACAUUCCCACUUGAACGGAGCCUACUAUGGCCCCGCCGUCCACCUGUCCGCUCCUACCACAGCGACGGCCAUGGUUCUGGCUGUGGCUGCUGCUGCCUCCUGAGCUUCCUUAUCAAGCUCACAGUAACUGCUGUCAUCAUCUUGGUCCCCGACAACAACCUCCACUACAACCUGGCCCUAAACAUCACCGUGCGCAACCCAACAAGAAAAUCGGCAUCUACUACGACCGCAUCGAGGCCAACGCGUACUACGAGGACCAACGGUUCGCUACCCAACAGCUGACCUCAUUCUAUCAGGGGCACAAGAAUACCAGUUACUUGAACCCCUCGUUUCAAGGACAGAAACUGGUGUUACUCGGUGCCGAUGGAGGUUCCGAGUACAAUCAGAAGAAGAAUUCUGGGGUUUACAGUAUUGAUGUGAAAUUGAAUUUGAGGGUUAGGUUCAAGCUGGGGAUAUUGAAGACGUGGAGACCUACUAUCACGCCCCAGAACCCAAAUCCAGGGGCGUGGCAGACGCCGUGCACUCGUGAGAGGAUCCCACAAAUGCACAAGGCUCGAAACUUACUGAGUUCAUACUUAGCAAUUCAGGUAAUUCAGAUCUAAGCCUUUUUAAUUACCAAAUCUUUACCAGUCAGAUGUACAAGAUUUAUCAUUUCAUAUAUACAGUCAUGACUAGCACUAAAUUCUGUACACAAAAUUUUCUAUGUCAAGCAUGGGUGACUAACGGCUUAGCUACAAAAACCUAAGUCCAAAAGUGCCUAGCCGUCUAGCUCGUCACUCCCCCGGGCUUCCCACGCGUCGGGUCUCACUACCUGAAAUGGUGGACAAGGAAAUCGUGAGAUAAAAUAUCUCAGUAAGUAAACAUGGGUGCCCGAAAUCAAAAUUUAAAGCAUGCCAAAUAAUCGGUUAAAACAUAAACAGAGCGUUUCAAUAACAAACCAUAAAUGCAAGGUAAAAUCACGUAGUGGUCUCCUCUAUUAGUCAUGGCCAGUGUUAUAAACCUCCCACUGGCAG